GGUCGGCACUAGUCAAAUGCUUUCUUUUAUUUUGAACCAAUGUUAGCCACCCACGCUUAGGAGCCAUUGGUACUGGAAUCCUCCCGGAACGCUGGAAGUUGGAGGACUGUGCUGUAAACUGGAGUCGGCUGAGUGUUAAGCGGCUCAAAGACUCGGAGGAAAAUGAAGUUUCCCUGCCUCUCCUUCCGGCAGCCCUAUGCUGGUUUAAUCUUAAAUGGAGUAAAGACUCUUGAGACACGUUGGCGCCCCCUCUUGAGGAGCCAUCAGAAAUGUACCAUCGCCAUCCACAUUGCUCACAAGGACUGGGAAGAUGAUGCCUGGCAGGAAGUGCUGAUUGAUAGGUUGGGGAUGACCCUGACACAGAUUCAGACCUUACUACAAGAAGGAGAGAAAUAUGGCAGAGGUGUGAUAGCAGGACUUGUUGACAUUGGAGAGACUUUGCAGUGCCCAGAAACCUUAGCUGCCGAUGAGGUCGUGGAACUGGAAAAUCAAGCUGUUCUAACCAACCUGCAGCAGAAAUAUCUGACUCCAAUUUCAAACCCCAGAUGGUUACUGGAGCCCAUACCUAGAAAGGGGGGUAAGGAUAUAUUCCAGGUAGAUAUCCCAGAGCACCUGAUCCCUUUGGGGGAAAGGAUGGAGCAGUGAAUGCUCUGGAGAACAGUGUCAAAAAACAAACAAACAAACAAAAAAAAAACUAAAUAAUGGCCCUGCGAAUUAACCCAUUAUAGUAUAAACCUCUAAGUAUCAGGGUGGCUCUAAGCCAUUAUUACCAUGCAGACCACAGCCCACUAUGUGUUAUUCCCAGAUCCAGACUGCUGUGCUCUCAAACAAGGGUGUAUCAGCGAGGACAUCCCUCCAGCUGUGGCUCUUUCAGCAAAGCUUCCAAGCCUCAAGAACCUUGGCCUUUAGGGAAAAGGAAAACUGCCAGGAAAUGACUUUUUGCUGAAGUUCACUUUC